UCCACCCACACAUCAAUCUUCUAGGCCUGCAGUAGCUGCCCUGUCCGCUCUCUCGUUCUGCUCUUCUAAACCGACUUGAAUUGAAACCAGUCGUACCGGGGUCGUUGACAAUGAAGUUCUUUUCUCAAUCCUUCUUGUACGACGAUCCCUGGUCCAUUGUCUCUCUCGCCUUCUUUUUACGCUAUCCCAAUCCAUACGCAGCUCAUGUCAUUUCGUGCGAUAUCAUUGACAGGCACCAGACAGAGUCGGGCUCCUUAUUGACAACAAGGCUCAUCUUGAAAAGGGGAGCUUUGCCAAGAUGGGCUCCCCAAGGUAUUAUCUCAAGGGCUGAGUCAUGGGUUAUUGAGGAGAGCGAAGUGGAUCCCUUUGGAAAGUUUGUUCGGUGCAGGACCAAAAACCUUGAUCAUGUCAAGGUUAUGCAAAUCGAGGAAACUCAACUGUUCGAGCAAAAUGAAGACGGCCGUACUAUGCAGACGACUGAGGCAUACAUCACCUCCAAGUUCGGCUGGGGAAUGACAAAACGAAUCGAGAGCCAUGGACUAGCUCGGUUCAAGGCUCACGUUCAAAGAUCUCGGCAGGGUGUCUCCCUUAUCCUUGACCUAAUUCGCCAGGCUCGACUGCAGCCUAUGGCGUUAAGCUCGUAUAUAACACAUCUCCACUCAGAACAUUCUUUCGCUUCUACGGAUACUCCGACUUCAUCCCACAGCUCAGACAAUACUGGUCAUGCGCCAGAGGAGUAUUCUUCGCCCACGACUGAAAACACUUGGUUGGGCAAAAUAUGGGGCAGUAGGUGAUCGGUCUGAAGUCCAUUCUUACUUACUUGCUUCCACCUUGACAUAAUUUGGUUUUAGUUUUACGUGUUGCACUCAUUGUAUCAUUAGUGGCAUCUAGUACCCUCACAAAUGUUGUUCACAGAUA